CGGCGGGGCCGGGCCGGGCCGGGCCGGGAUGGACGCGCUGCGCUCCGCGGGUCGGGCCCUGCUCAGGAGCCCCAGCGUCCACAAACCGUCCUGGGCCGGCGGGCGGCACAAGAAGCUGCCCGAGAACUGGACGGACACGCGGGAGACGCUGCUGGAGGGAAUGCUCUUCAGCCUCAAGUACCUGGGCAUGACCCUGGUGGAGCAGCCCAAGGGAGAGGAGCUCUCUGCAGCCGCUGUCAAGAGGAUCGUGGCCACCGCGAAAGCCAGCGGGAAGAAGCUGCAGAAGGUGACCCUGAAAGUGUCCCCACGGGGGAUUGUGCUGAGGGACAGCAGGACCAACGAGCUGAUCGAGAACAUCUCCAUUUACAGGAUUUCCUACUGCACGGCAGACAAGAGCCACGACAAAGUGUUCGCCUACAUCGCCCAGAACCAGCUGAAUGAGAACCUGGAGUGCCACGCCUUCCUGUGCACCAAGAGGAAAAUGGCUCAGGCUGUCACCCUCACCGUGGCUCAGGCCUUCAAAAUCGCCUUCGAGUUCUGGCAGGCAGCGAGGGAAGAGAAGGAGAAGAGGGAAAGGUCUGUCCUGGAAACAGAGGGGACGAGCUCAGAAACUCCUGCGCGUCCUGUCACAGCAGCAGCCCUGGGGAACCUGCUGGACUUGGAGGACCCUGCCAGAUCGCCCCUGGGCAGCAGCAGCGAGUCCCCGGAGCUGCACAGGAGCAGCUUCGGGCCCAGCCCCUCGGACAACAACAACGUGCUGUGGGAAAUGGAUGAUGGUCUCGACGAGGCGUUCUCAAGACUGGCCCAGUCCAGGACAAACCCGCAGGUCCUGGACACGGGGCUGACAGCUCAGGACAUCCAGAGCGCAGAGACUCUGUCCCCCGUGGACUGGAACCAGCUGGAGGCCGGCGCGGCCGAGAAGGACGAGCUGUUCCUGUUCUGAGGGCACGGGCGGCCCGGGAGGAGAACCCCCGCGAGCCCCCGGCCCCGAUCGUCCCGGCGCCGGAACCAGGAACCUUCCGGGGCCCUGCGGCGGCUCGCAGGACGUCACAGCCCGCUUCCGACCAAAGCUUCACAAACCUGACGCCGAUUUUUGUACCUGGCUUUUUUAAUCUGAACCACGGGACGCUCUUGGACGUAUUUAUUCACAGUUUACACGGGAGGUGCGGAGAGCAGCUGCACGCCGCCGGAGGAGCCGCAGCAGGGCCUGGGCACCCCCGGGGAGCAUCCCCAGCCAAGGGCCCGCGUUCCUAAUCCCCCUCCGGAGCAGCACGUCGCCUGCCUGGCCAGCGAGGGGGUUUGCAGCAGCUGCCGAGGGUGUGAAAUCAAAGAGGGAGCGGGGCUGGUGCUUUGUGUGAGCGCCUGCGGCUCUGUCACAGCUGUCGCUCGCCCCGGCCCUGCCCUCCCGCCGGGAAUUGCCGCUUUCGAACCCAAAGACUCGACGAAGUUUUGCACUUUAAAACUUGAACUGAAAGCAAUGGUCCGAGUUGUCACGGUAAGCAGUGCCUGGAACUCCUCCUCAGAAGCUAUUUACCCAAAAACCACCCACCCUGGCAAUGCUGCAGCCCUGGCUCCGAGCUGACCCCCAGAUCCCAAAGCUCCGUUGGCUUUAGGAGCGAAACCCGGGGAGGAAGGGUUUGUUUUGCUGAAUUCUGCAGGGAAGGGCGGCCUGGGAGCACCAGCAGCCCCACAGAUCCGUGCUCCCGGCGCGUUUGCCUGCCCAGGACUCGCUCCUGCCUCAAAGGGGAUGGAUUUGGAUCAGGCACCUGAGGUGCUCCCAGCCCUUCUCCCCGACAGCCACAGCUCCCAGGGGGCUCAGGAAGCUCCAUCUACCCCUGGAGCUCAAAAUCGGCCACGGAGGGAGAAAGCUUACGCUAAUGAAAAGAUUAGGUUUAAUGAUCCUAAAUAGUCGCACUGACACCUCGCAGUGUUUGUGGCCUUACGUGAAGUGUACUAAUCUGUUUUAUAGAUUUGUAACUUGGGUUGGAAGCACUAAUUCAUUCCCCAGGUAGCUCUUUAGAAGUCCUUUCAAACUGCUCGCAGGAAGGGAAGAAACCCUCUCUGUCAGCUGGGAGGAUUCAUUAGGAAGCAGCUGAGUGACUCUGACUUAGAUUUGAGAUAUUUUUUCCCCCCCAAGCGUGAGUGUGAGAAGGUGUUGAGCACUCGUGGGGCUGACUCAUCCGACCUGUGCUCCGUGGGUUCCGCAGAGCCCAGCUGGGAGCAGUUUGGCAUCUUGGCAGGGCCGUGCCCAGGACUCCCUUGGUGCAGCCCCAGCCCCGUGGGGUGGGAGGGAUCAGCAGAGCUCGGGCACGGGGACAGGGCACGGGGCCAGCAGUGCUUGUGGGCAGCCCCUCACCCCGACCCCAGCCAGCUCGGGGAUGGGGAGUGAGGAAUUCCCCGAGCAUCUCCCUCCUUUCCUAGAGACUCCUGAAAUUCACAACACUAUCUCUGUGUGUCUAGAGUGGCUCCUUUUUUUUUUUUUUUUUUUUUUUUUUUAA